AUUUUCCUAGGCGUCCGGGGGUGGCGGAAGGGGUCUCUCUGUGGUGAUUUGCAGUGGCGACCCUUUUCCCGGCGCCACAUUGGUCGCGUUGAUGCAAAGACCUCAGGCUACCUAGUUGAUAAGCAGAGGGCUGCAGGGCGUUGAAAGCGACUGGGACUAGGGGGAAAUGCUGCAUUAGCCUGCGGUUUCUCGGAGUUGAUGCUGUCAGCUGCGCUGGAAUCCUGAGCUGCUCGCAGCUUUGUCCAACUUGUUAAACGUCCACAAGGCGGAGAGCCAUGGGGGCCAAGUCGGGGCCCUGCACUCACUGCGGAAUCACAGCUACUCCCUUAUGGAGGAGGGGGCCCCCUGAGAAGCCGAUCCUAUGCAACGCCUGCGGAUCUCGAUGGCGGCAUCGGGGCACUCUGGCUGGCUACAUGCCAAUGCAAGUGACAGGCCUCUCGACGUGUCACGUUCCCACUGGGUUUGUAGCUUCAGACGAGCCAGUGAUCCCCCGAGUCAAGUCAGCGGGGAGUCUCAAGCGAAAGGAGCGCUCGGAGAGGGUUGGCCAGGCCUCAGCAUUGCUCACCGAGACCUCAAACAGCGUCAAAGGCAUCACUGUCAGGGCAGGCGGCCAGGCGGAAGAUGUCCCCCAGCUGUUCCCCCAACUCGGUCCUCCCUCCUCCCCCCCGCCGUGCGCGCCCCCCCUCCCCGGCGCCAACCACGCGUGGAGUCAAGCCACCGCGCUGCUCUCCGACCUCCACGCCUUCGACCUCGACCUCUCCGACGUGCUGACGUCAGAGGAGCCCUUCGCGGGGCUGGACGAUGACGUCACCCUGUUUGACGCCCGCCAGGGGGAUCCCCCUGCGGCUGAGCAGCCGCUGAAGAGCCUUGACCCUGGCCAGUACAUCUGCGGCCUGGUGGUGCGGACGCGCGUUGAGGCUUUAGCCGGCCCAGGGGCACGAACCAACUUGGCCCCCACCAACCACGUGGCAGAGCCGCAUGCGUUGAGCAGUAAAGUGGAUGCCCAGGCACAGAACAGCAUGCCGCUGUUCCCGUCCAGCGCGCGUUUCACCCUGCCCUGUCGGCACGCCCCACCCGUGCCCUCGGCGCAGGUUGCGUGGCCGCCGGCCGCCCCAGGCCUUGCUCAGCUGAACAUCGCCAAGUUGCAGGGCUCCGACUUCGGCAACGGGAGUCCCCACAGGGCCUCCUUCCCGGACAACCUCCUAUUCAAGGGGGCGGCAGGGCCCGAGUCGCUGAACGAUUUCAUGGCCCGGACGGAGGGAGAUAAGCGGUUUGGCGAGCUUGCGGGCGCGCACGGCAUGCCGGGAUCGCACGAUAGUCUGGACUCGGGGGCUAGUUUAGUGUUGGAUGAGACCCGGGAGCACCCCAUGGUGGAUCUGAACCCUCCCCCUGAGCAGCAACUGCCCCUCUCGGGGGGGGAGUAUAAGGCGUUGCUUUCGCCCCCUGCCCCGGAGGUGCCCCUAUGGGGGGCAGAGAAGGGGGGGGAGAAAGACUUGCGGGAGCUGCACCGCAUGUUUUCGGCGCCGAUUUGGGACAGUUUGGAUAUGGAUCCCCAUGGAGCGGAGAAGGAGUUUGGGCUUGGACGUUUCUCCGUCCCCCCCGCUGAGGCGGGCCGCCCGAUUUGAGGUAUGAAAGAAAUAUGCGGUAGGGCAGAUGAUCAAGUAUAAGCUCCAGGUCGAGCUAACCAUUGUUUGGGGAAUAAGGGACGAGCAGCGUGCUCUGCCAAUGUCAUGGGGGGAGGGGAAAUAGACUAAGGUUAAGCAACAUGUUGCCCGCGUUGUUGGCAUGCUAUAAGGGUGUAGCCACCGUACCGCCAACACGUGGUCAGCCUGACUGGAGUGGGGUAGGGGCCUGCAACAGCUUGUGAAACUUGGCAGCGCGUAGUGUACUCCCAACGGUUAUCUGCUAUAAACAGUUGACGACACUUCGUACAAUGUUGGACUUCGCUUCAGUGGACCGUCUUAGACGAGCCGAGCUUUGUGUUGUGUUGAAAGUAGGGUCCAUCACCAGCCCCAUGUAAGGAAGGACACUCUUCCAAACCCGGGAAAGGCGAUAAGAAACGGCCCAUCUGCUACCGACUCUCAGAAGACCUUGACUAGCCAGAUUCUGCCCAGAUCGUCUACAGAGCAACGACAAUGAUCAGUCUAGUGGCAUCGUUGUACUAUAAUUGCCCUGUAGACAAGUUGCAAUCUGGGAUAUAAGCUGGUUUGACGAUCGGAUCAGCUAGGCCGCAUGCAGACUAUACUAUGCGUUAUUUUGUAUUCGUUUUUGAACAUCCAGGACCCGUUGGCAACGCUGGCAAUACAUAGGCUGGCCCGCUUUGUGUAACUGAGACGGGUGUAUACUUACUCAGGCGGCUUGAAACAACCAGCAAGCUUUUGGCCCCCAUUGGACUCACUUGUUCCUCCAAAAAUAUUUCUGAUACUGAGC